AUGCACUUGAGGGAUCUUGAAGAUGAUAAGAAGAUGAUGGUUGUCCAGUUUCUCCUUCAACACUCGAAAGAUGGCAUCCCCAAGUACGGAAAAAUGAAAGAAGCCGUUUGCAGGCCACUCUUUGAUGAGAAUGGCAAUGCAUUGUUUGAUGGGAAAAUUGGUAUUUUCCCAUUCACACAAGUCAUUCCAGCUCAGAGAAGAAGCAAGAAUAGGAAUGCAGGGACACCAGAGACUAAACCAAUUCAAUCAAUCACUCAAGCAGUGAUGAGAGAGUGUUUCAUCAAUCAGCUUAUUCCAGCUAUCAUGAACAAAUGGCCUCAAGGUGCAUCAAAGUUGAUCUUCAUUCAACAAGAUAAUGCAAAGCCACAUAUAAGUGAUUCAGAUAUAGAGUUCAGACAGGCUGCCUCUCAGAAUGGCUUUGAUAUUAGACUUGUUCAACAACCCCCCAACUCACCUGACACAAAUGUCAAUGACUUAGGGUGGUUUAGAGCAAUUCAAAGCAUUCAAGAGGAGUCAGUUUGCACUACAGUGGAUCAGUUAGUUAAUGCAGUAUGCAAAAGCUUCAUGGAUCUCAGUCCAAUAGCAUUGAACAAGGUUUUCUUAUCACUACAAGGCUGCAUGAUAGAAACAAUGAAGAUGAAUGGGCAUAAUGCUUACAAACUGCCCCAUAUGAGCAAAAAUGCUCUAAUAAGGCAGAAUGCCCUCCCUCUCACAUUGAAAGUGGACAAAGAUCUUGUCGAUCAGUGUAUUAUGCACAUGAUAGAGUAA